AUGGCCACUUGCUAUACAAUUUGCCCGCCACCGUGUCGCAAAAGAUUACAAGUCGCCAAUUUGGAAUGUUUACGGAGCGACUUACUGGGUAUUCUAUUAGCGCGCGCCACGGAACUUGGGGCAGUGUGCAGGUUUGGCGCCAGUGUCGCGGACAUUGAUGCUGAAGCCGAUAGAUCACUUCUCACAAUGGAGAAUGAACAGACUUUCUUGUUCGAUCUUGUGAUUGCCUCCGACGGGAUUCGUUCCAAAACCCGCACCAAGACGGUAGGUAGUGUGAAUGUCAUUCAUCCAGUGACUGUCUACAGCAUCAACGUCGAUCGAGAGAAGCUCAAGCAGCACAAGGACUUGGAAAUUUUCCUGAACAGAAGCGGAUUCUGGAAUUUUUUGGACAUCCCGGAGCUUGGCACAUGGACCAGCAAGAACGGCAGGGUCGUCUUGAUUGGCGAUGCGGCACACGCGAUGCGUCCAUUUGCGGCACGAGGAGCUGGCUCUUCCAUCGAGGACAGCGCUUGUUUGGCAAAAUGCAUAUCGCGGGCUAGCAGCAUCCCAGAAGGGACCGCGGUGUUCGAGCCAAUUCGGAGCCUAUGUCAGUGGCUGGGACAUCUUUGCGCACUGUACUUGAGCAAACUCAACAAGGAAGCGUAA